AAUACAAGAUGGUCGUCUGGUUCGUGGAUUAUCAACUGAGUUGCGAGAUUCUGCAGAAAUUCGUUGGACCCCGCUAAAUGAAAUCGUCAAGCUCUUCAAAAAAUUUUAUUCCAAAUGAGCGAUAUGCGCACAGAAGACCAUAAUAUACUAAAAUAUGCUGAGAGUUGGAUGGCGCCACGUGUUUCGCUGACUUCCUCAUUGCCAAGCCAGGCAUUGUGAAAGUAUGGAAAGUGAGGUUGGGUGAACAAGGUGGACACGUUUCACCAUGUCAAACAAGACAAAAUCCUCGGAAGUUACGGAUGUUACGAAAAAGAUAUCCGAAAUGGACGUGGAGGAAACGGGAAAGAAGCUAACGCACAAGGAGAAAAAGAAACUGAAGAAACAGCAGGAAUAUGAGAAAACGAUGGAGAUGAUGAUGAAGACCGGUGGCCAGGGCCACAGUGAGCUCGAGUCGAAUUUCACGGUUUCCCAGUCGCAGACUCAUCAACGCACCAAUCAACAAUUAGAGCACGCCGUCGACAUCAAGGUUGAAAAUUUCAGUAUAGCUGCUAAAGGAAAAGAGCUCUUUACCAAUGCCAGUCUGUUGAUAGCUCAAGGCAGACGUUACGGUCUAGUAGGACCAAAUGGUCAUGGUAAAACCACCUUGUUACGCCACAUAGCAAAAAGAUUAUUUGCUAUUCCUCCCAACAUAGAUGUUUUAUACUGUGAACAAGAAGUCAUUGCGGAUGACACACCAGCUGUUGAAGUAGUGUUAAAUGCGGAUGAAAAAUGUAAAGAAUUAUUGACAGAAUGCAAAAAAUUGGAAGGAUUAGUGGAACAGGGAGACACAUCUGUUCAAACUAGAUUACAAGAGGUGUAUGACGAGCUAAAAAUUAUUGGGGCAGAUUCUGCAGAACCACGUGCUAGGAGAAUUCUAGCUGGUUUAGGAUUUAGUCGUGCCAUGCAAGAUCGUGCCACAAAGAAUUUUUCUGGUGGUUGGCGUAUGCGUGUUUCUCUAGCAAGAGCUCUGUUUCUAGAACCUACUUUAUUGUUGCUUGAUGAACCGACAAAUCAUUUAGAUUUAAAUGCUGUUAUUUGGCUGGACAAUUAUUUGCAAGCUUGGAAAAAGACCUUGCUCAUUGUUUCCCACGAUCAGAGUUUCUUAGACAAUGUGUGCACAGAUAUAAUCCAUUUAGAUCAACAAAAAUUAUUUUAUUAUAAAGGCAAUUAUAGUAUGUUCAAGAAAAUGUAUGAACAAAAAAGAAAGGAGAUGAUCAAAGCAUAUGAGAAACAAGAAAAGAGACUCAAGGAUAUGAAAUCUUCUGGUCAAAGUAAAAAACAAGCUGAAAAGAAACAAAAGGAAGCCUUAACUAGAAAGCAAGAAAAGAAUAAAACGAAAAUGCAGAAGCAAGAAGAUGAUACUGCACCUACGGAAUUACUACAGAAACCUAGAGAAUAUAUAGUUAAAUUCAGUUUCCCUGAUCCACCUCCUUUGCAGCCACCCAUUCUUGGUCUUCACAAUGUAACGUUCUCAUACGAGGGACAAAAAUCAUUAUUUAUUGAAGUUGAUUUUGGAAUAGACUUAAAUUCCAGGGUAGCUAUAGUAGGACCCAACGGCGUCGGCAAAUCUACUUUCUUAAAAUUAUUAACAGGUGAUUUACAACCUCUUAGAGGAGACUUAAUAAGAAAUCAUCGAUUGAGAAUAGGAAAGUUCGACCAGCAUUCAGGUGAACAUCUGACCGCCGAAGAAACACCGUCAGAAUACUUGAUGCGUUUGUUUAAUCUGCCAUAUGAGAAAGCAAGGAAACAAUUAGGAACUUUCGGACUAAGUUCUCACGCGCAUACGAUUAAAAUGAAAGAUUUGUCAGGUGGUCAAAAAGCGCGUGUAGCAUUGGCAGAGUUAUGUUUGAAUGCACCCGAUGUUGUAAUUCUAGAUGAACCGACAAACAAUUUAGAUAUAGAAUCUAUCGAUGCCUUGGCCGAAGCGAUCAACGAAUAUAAAGGCGGUGUUAUCAUUGUUUCCCAUGACGAACGCCUGAUUAGAGAUACAGAAUGCUGUUUAUAUGUAAUCGAGAAUCAACAAAUCAAUGAAAUCGAUGGAGACUUCGAUGACUAUAGGAAGGAAUUAUUAGAAAGUCUGGGCGAAGUUAUUAAUAAUCCAAGUAUAGCUGCGAAUGCUGCUGUUCUACAAUGAUCAAUUUUGCCUUUAUAGAACUAUUUUCCAGUGGCUUGUAUAAUUGAUUCUUUUGGAAAUGAAUACGCGGUAUUUUACAUGUUGGUUCCUUUCCUACGAAAUCAAUUUUUAUUACAGAUUUAAAAAUAUGAUCCAGAGUGUUUUCCGUGCAAUAGGAUGCUUCACGUAUAUUUUAAUAUUUCACAUAUUUGAAAUAACUAUUUAAACUGAUAAAAUGCUUUCAAUUUAAUCAAUACAAAAUUCGAAUCUAUGGAAGAUUGUUGUAUACAUGUAUAUUAAGUUCUGCAUAGAACUGUAUUUUGUAUCAUAAAUAUUUAACAUUUAUUCGAUUGACAAAAAUAAAGAUGAUUAACAAAUUGAA